AUGGAAGGCGAGCUGCCCAGCAUCGACGACCUGGAGGUGGCGGCGGCGGCGGCAGGUGUGGCGCCCGUGCCUGCCGUGCUGGCGGAGAUGGGCUACUUUGAGCUAGGGCUGCAGCCAGCGGCAGCAGCUGAGGUGCCACAGGACAGCUUGUCAGACGACUCGGGUGAUGAGGCCGAGAGCAGCUCGGAUGAAGAUCCUGACGCCAGCCACGAGAGCGCGGCGGGAAUCGUGCGCCUGCUGCUGCGGCCGCUGGGCGGCGGCCAGGAUGGGGUCUCGGUGCGGCUGCUGCUCGUGGGGGGCGGCCCGCGGGGCACGGCUGCGGCGGCGGGCAUGGAGGUGGAGGAGGUCGCCGACGACAGCGGCUUCUCCAGCAGCGCCAGCAGCGGCAGCAGCAGCGACGACGAGGCGUCCUCGGCCUCUGCCGACGAGCCGCUGGACGUCAUCCAGAACUACUCCGAGCUGCGGCAGAUGAUCGACGACAUGGACGCUGACGUGGACGCUGACGAGGACGGCGGCGGCGGCGCCGCCGCCGCGCACCGCGCCGAGCGCGAGCUGCUGGGCUCGCUGCCGCUGCCGGCCCUGGCGGGCGUGCAGGUUUCGGCGGACGAGGCGGUGCAGGCUGCGGGCAUUGUGCUGUCGAUGCUGGAGGGGAUGGUGGUGGCGCAGGCGGGCAGCCGCGCGCUGAACGAGGGGUGUGUGCUGGUGCUGGAGGACCGCAGCCCCAUUGGAUGCGUGGAGGAGAUCUUUGGGCCAGUCGUGAGCCCGCUGUAUGCGCUGCGGUAUGGUGGCGCGGAGCCCAUGCCCGCCGCCCUGCAGCCUGGUGCAACAGUGUACAGCGUGGAUAGGCUGGCCGACUUUGUGCUGCCGGAGCAGCUGCGGGUGCAAGGCUACGAUGCUGCGGCAGAGGAGGAGGAGGCGGACUUGGAGGCGCAGUUUUCGGACGACGAGGCGGAGGCCAGGCACCGGCGCAAGCUGGAGGCAAAGCGCAAGCAGCAGCCAGAGGGACUGGUGCAGGGCGGCAGGGGCCCCAAGCAGGCCCAGGGCGGGCGGGGAAGAGGCGGGCGCGGCGGCGGCAGGGGUGGGCGCGGUGGCGGCGGCAGGGGGUCUGGCCAGCAUCCCAGCAUGGGUGGCCCCAAGCCCAUGCAGCCGUCGCCACAGCAGCAGCAGCCCGGCUCUGCACCUGCGGCAGUGGCGUAUUACCACCCGCACCAGCAGAUGCCGCCUGCGGGCAGGGUUUUCAGCGGGCAGCUGCCGCGGCCGUCGCCGCCCGCCGCCUUCCAGGUGCAGGCAGCUGCGGCGCAGUUCAACGGCAUGUCGCUACAGCAGCAGCAGCAGCAGGGCAUGUACAUGCAACCGCCGCCACCGGGCAGCUGGGCUGGAGCUGGCAGCGGCGGCGGGUAUUACGGCGGCGGCCAGCCGGCGCCGCCCCGCAUGACGGGGCAGGUGCUGCGGCCGCAGUACGCGGUACCGCCGCAGCAGCGCCCGCCCGGCACCGGCGCCAUCAUGCAGCCGCAGUAUGCGGGCCAGGCGCCUGGGAUGCAGGCACCUCAGCAGGCGCAGCAGGCGCAGCAGGCGCAGCACCAGCUGUUCACGCCUCAGUUCCGGCCGCCGCCGCCUCCGCAGCUGUAG